GCCCCGUCUCUCCCUCCACCCACGCAACGAAUAGAAACAGAAGCGAGCGAGCGAGCGAGCGGAAAGGGGAGGGAGGAAACGCGACCGAGUGGAGGGAAAAGCGGGCGGCACCGCACAGGAGGGAGCAAGCUUUCCGUGGAGUGGAACCUUGUCGCGAUCGAGGAGGUUUCACUCACGGGCCGGGGUUGGCGGCUGCCCAGUUCGAUGGUGGCACCAGCUGAACCCUGAAGCGGCGGGCGGAGCAGGAGGAGGAGGAGGAGGAAGAUGGUCGUGUGCUCCAUGCGCAAGUCGUUCAAGGACUCGCUCAAGGUGCUCGAGGCCGACAUCCAGCACGCCAACACCCUGGCAGCGGAUUUCUCGAGGGACUACGAUGGGGCCUCCCUCCAGAUGCGGAUGUCCUACAGCCCGGCCGCGCACUUCUUCCUUUUCCUUGUGCAGUGGACGGAUUGCAGCCUCGCCGGCGCGCUUGGGCUGCUCAGGAUUCUAAUUUAUAAGGUUUAUGUGGAUGGAAGUACCACCAUGUCCACUCAUGAGAGGAAAGCAAGCAUCAGGGAAUUUUAUGCUGUCAUAUUUCCCUCCCUCGUGCAACUGCACAAUGGGAUCAGCGACGCUGAUGACCGGAGGCAGAAGGCGGUUUGUACAGAGAGGUACAGAAGGAGAGAUGAGGAUGAGAGCAAGAGGCCAGUUUCUGAGAUUGAUGUUGAAAGAGAAGAAGAAUGUGGGAUUUGCAUGGAGAUGAGCAGCAAGGUGGUGCUACCCAACUGCAGCCAUGCUAUGUGCAUGAAGUGCUACCGUCAAUGGCGCUCAAGAUCUCAGUCCUGCCCCUUCUGCCGUGAUAGCCUGAAAAGAGUAAAUUCCGGUGAUCUGUGGAUGUUCACCGAUUGCCGAGAUGUGGUUGACAUGGCAACGGUGACUAGAGAGAACCUCAGGCGCCUGUUCAUGUACAUAGAGAAGCUGCCACUCGUUACACCGGAUAACAUCUUCUAUGCCUAUGAGUCUCAUAGGAUGUUCCUUGUCCUAGGAUGUGGCUAACCAUGGAGCAGCAUGUGGACUUCGACGAGACCUUAAGAGCUCUGAUUGAGGUGUAGGGUCUGUUUAGGUUUUGUAAAUGUUUGUACAUAUUUAUGAUGCAAUGAAAGUCUUUAGGGAAAAGCAUUGUGUUCUGAAGUAUGCAAGCUCUAAUGAGAUACAUUUGGUACAUGUAUUGGGUUCGAAUAAUCCCCAAAUGCGUUGUACCUUGUAUUGGA